AUGGCGUCCCCUUCCAUCUCCGCCGCUGCGGUGGCCAGCCCCGUCACCCCGGUGGCCCUAGACCCCAGCCCCGUCGCAUCCCGCCCCCCCGCCGCCACCGCCCCGGUGCGCAAGCGGCCGGUCCUCCUCCUCGACCAGCGCCCGCACCCCUCCACCCCGACGUCGCGCACCGCUGCCGCUGCCGCCGCCGCCGCCGCGCCCCUGUCCCAGGCACGGCGGAAGAGGGGGUUGUCGUCCUCCGGUCGGCCGAGGUGGCAGACCGCGCUAAGCGUCGCCGCCAAGAACGCAGCCCUCCUAGCCGUGCUCCUUUACCUGGGGGACCAGGCCUGGCGCUGGGCGCACCCAGCCCCUCUCGCGCAGCCCGACGACGCUGCGCUCGCGGGUUACACUGCCCGUAUCAACGACGUCGAGGCCUCCCUCGCCCGCGCCUUCGGGGCGCUGAAGGUGCAGCUCGAGGCCGUGGACCGCAAGAUCGACGGCGAGGUUGGGGCCGCUCGGGGCGAGCUCGCGGCGCUGCUGGAGGAGAAGAGGCUUGCCAUCGAGGGACAGCUCAACCUGCUGGACGCCAGGACCGACGAGCUGAACGACGCGCUGGGCGGGCUCAGGCGGAUGGAGUUCCUUAGGAAGGACCAGUUUGAAGCAUUCCUGGAUGAGUUCAAGGAGAGCCUAGGCUCCAACUCUGGCGCUGAGGUUGAUCUGGAUCAGGUCCUUGCGUUGGCCAGGGAGAUCGUCAUGAGGGAAAUAGAGAAGCAUGCCGCCGAUGGGGUUGGCAGGGUGGACUAUGCCGUGGGGUCUGCUGGGGGAAGAGUUGUCCGCUACUCGGAGGCAUAUGAUGCUGGGAAACGUGGUGGUCUUCUUUCUGCAUUACCAUUUGGUGGUGGAGACAAUGGUGACCAGUCACAGAAGAUACUUCAGCCGAGCUUUGGGGAGCCCGGGCAGUGCUUUCCCUUGAAGGGGAGUAGUGGGUUUGUGGAGAUCCAACUGAGGAAGGGGAUAAUCCCUGAGGCAAUCACACUGGAGCAUGUGUCCAAGGAUGUGGCGUAUGACAUGUCCACUGCUCCAAAGGACUGCCGGCUAUCCGGAUGGUACCAAGGAACACAUACCGAGACCCCUCCAAACCAUGCUGCAGAGAUGUACGCCUUGACUGAGUUCACUUACGACCUAGCCAAGAACAAUAUCCAGACAUUCGAUAUAACUGCCCCAGAUGUCGGUGUCGUCAACAUGGUUAGGCUGGACUUCACUUCAAACCAUGGAAGCUCCGCGCUGACGUGCAUUUACCGCAUCCGGGUGCAUGGGCAUGAGCCUGUCACGCCAGUUAUCGCUAGUCCACUGCCCUGAUGAGAUGGAGAAUCCUUCCACCUCUUUUGUAUCUGUUUUGCUUUAGGGCCAUUUCUCUGGGCGUUUGCUAGUUUCAGUCUAGGAUUAUGUCAUGCACACUCUGUAAAAAGUUAAAUGACUGUUUGCUGCACAUUUUCUAGUGAUUUAGUCCAGAUGUUCAGUUUUUGCCAUGCGCGAACGGCCGGUAACUCUUUGGCGCAUCAGUGUUGGCUGUUGAUUGAACUUGGUAAGCUUGAAAAGGCAAGGUCAGGCAAAAGAAAAAUGCUUCUACCC